GGUAGCUCAUGGAAAGAGUUCCAAAGUGUUCCAGUUAUUAAGGAACAUCUGAAAGUAAUUCCUGGCAGCUCACUAAAUAUUGGCAUCACAAGCAUCCUGAUUACAAGGACUUUAGGAUAGAUAAUAUUGGUGAUGAAAAAUAGUGAGAAUUUGUCGGUCUCACCCAUGUUUUCAUGGUUCUCUUGUUUCCUACAGAAAAUUUCCAAAUCCCACCAUCCAUAGGAACCUCCUGUCCUCUGGAGCUAUCACCUUUCAUCAGGAGCAUGGCUGUUCCCUUAACAUCAAGUGCCCCAGCCCUCACUUCAGCAUGGCUGCUGCCCUCCGCUUCUGUCAACUACAUCCAGCCAGUCAUAGCCAGUUCCUACACUUAUCAACACUGUAGUGAAAUAAAAAGAAUGACCCCAGCGAUAGAGACAUAUGUGGGAUGGCAAGCCCUGAGCCAGGCAGGGUGUGUGUCACAACUUCCAGAAAUCAUGGAGUCCUGCAGCAGCAGAAGUACCCAGUUGCUUGAGGGAAGACCUCCAACUGAGUCUGGGGGCAUUUCAGUGGGAGCUCCAGUGCAGAAUUCUACUCAUUCCUUGACCUUGGAUUCAAGCUGGGAGCAACCAGAGAAGGAGAACUGGGAUGAGAUGAGAAGCGAGAGCUUACAGCCUCUGGAUGCCCACAAGGUUUUUAUAGGCACCCAAGAUCCGCCUUUACUCUCCUUGGCGUCCCCUGACUCUCCCGAGCUGCUGGCUUCCACUGAGCAUCCAAUCCCUGAGAAUCCUGGUUCUGAAGAUGCCCUCUUGGGAAAGUGCCACCCGAGUCUCCAGGACCCAGGGACCCUUGACAAGGGGAUUGAGUCCAGCCCGGGUUGGGCAGAUAUUGGGGCCCUGGUAGAGGGCAUUCAACUUCCCCAGGUGCUCCAGUCCUUGGAAGAUCUUGAUCACUCCAACCAGCUCACAACCAUCGGAGCUCAAGACACUGAUUCCAUUCAAGACAAUGGUGUGCAGGUUCCUUCAGCUAAGGUGAGGAAAAAGAAACAUAAAGCUUCCGAGGCUAUCACUGGAGCUUCUGAGGCUAAACUGCAGCUCAUGGACCUCAAGAGCCUGCCAGGGGGAAAAGGGUGCGUUUUUAGUGCAGCAGCCAGUGACAGGGCUCCCAAGGACACGGUUGAGAAGUCCUACAGAAAAUCUCCAAUGAUGCCAUCCAACAGAACCAACCAAGAUGAGGGCCAUGGGAAAGGGAGGGCCAAGAAAACCAAAGGCAACAAUGAGAAGAAAGCUCUUGACAGGAAGCAGUCAGAGCCUAAGGUCAAGGCAGAAGACAUGCCAACAAUUCCUAACAGGAAGCGCAAGAGACACCAACCUGUGACUGGCCAGGAGGUACUUAAAAUGCCUCACACCAGCCUAGGCAUGCACUUGCUGGAAUCUGUGCAGGUUUUCCACCCUUUAGGGAAGAAGCUGGAUAAGAAAGGUGGAACCAUGAAUGUGGCUGAGCAGCAGUGUAAGCAGCCUUGGGGAACAGGCACAAGGAGUGGGAAAUUAGCACCCUGCCUCCCUGCAGCCAGCAGUGCAAGCAACUUUGGGCCAGAAAUCAGCAUUCCCUCUCAUUGUGACCAGCAGUUUAAGCAGCCUUGGGCUGUGGCAGCAGGACAAGGAGGGCAGCUUGUGAGGGGAGCCAGCACUGUGGAACAGAGGAGCCUGUGCAAGGUCCAGGAAGGGCCAACUGUACACAGGACUGGGAACAGCCUCAGGUUGUCUCUGCCUGAGAGCACCACAGCAACCAGGAGAGCAACUCAGAGACGAACAGAAUAA